AUGGCAGGCCGGCUCCCGGCCCCCGCUGCCAGCCGGGAUCAGGGCGCUGAGGACACCCCCGGCUCGCACCCUGCUCCCUGCGUGCCCCCGGCCGUGCGGCCCUGCUCCAGCCCCUUCCAUGUCCUGCAGGUUCCCAUCAUCCACCACCACGGCUCCAACACCCUGAACUUCGACUUCCACAGCCCAGAGGCCCCUGAACGCGGCCGGGGCACCCCCAGGAGCUCAGCGAGUGACUGGUACCAGACCUGGCCGGCCAAGGAGGGGAGGACACGGAGCCCCCCCGCACCCCCCGGCCCCAGCGCUGCCCCCCCCGGCCCCCGGGCCCCCCCGGGCUGGUCGGCAACGUGGACCAAGGACAGCAGGAGGCGGGAGCGGCGCUGGGUCAAGUACGACGGCAUCGGGCCGGUGGAUGAGACCGGGAUGCCCAUUGCAUCGCGCUCGAGCGUGGACCAGCCCCGGGACUGGUACCGCAGCAUGUUCCGGCAGAUGCACCGCAGGCUGCCGGAGCCCGACUGGGACCCCCACCCCUGCCCCAUGGGUAAGCUCAGCUCCUCGCUGCCUCCGUCCCCCCCAGCGCCUCGGGUGAAGCCGGCCGUGCCCAACGGGGACUGGCCCCCCUGGGCUCUCCCUGAUGCCACUGCGGAGCCCGGCAGCAUCUUUGACUACGAACCAGGGAGCUCCUCGCUGCUGGAGCAGCCCCCCACAGCGGUGCCACCAGCGCGGGCUCGUCCCAUUGAGGUGCUGCUGGAGCAGGAGCUGGAGCAGCUCAGUGUGGAGCUGGACAAGGACAUGAGGGCCAUGGAGACACGAUGGGAACCCUGUCAGGUAUCCCGGCUUCAUCCCUCCUGUGCCCCAUGGCCUUGGACCCGGCUGCAGCCCCCGGCCAUGGAGCGGAGCAUCCCGGGGGAGGGCAGCGAGCGGAGCCGCGCAGCCCCCGGCAGAGACACCCCGCGGGCAGAGCCCCUCCCCUGCCCGCCCGGCUCGGGGGACCCGGCAGAGCCCCUCAGGAGGGAGGAGAAGAAGAUGAAAGCCGCUCGCCUCAAGUUCGAUUUCCAAGCUGAGUCGCCCAAGGAGCUGACGCUGCAGAAGGGGGACAUCGUCUACAUCCAUAAGGAGGUGGACAGGAACUGGCUGGAGGGCGAGCACCACGGCCGCGUGGGCAUCUUCCCCUCCAACUACGUGGAGAUCCUGCCCUCCACGGAGGUUCCCAAGCCCAUCAAGGCGCCGACCAUCCAAGUGCUGGAGUACGGCGAGGCCCUGGCGCUCUACACCUUCCGAGGGGAGCUGCCGGUGGAGCUUUCCUUCCGCAAGGGCGAGCGCGUGUGCCUGGCGCGCCGCGUGGACCACAACUGGUACGAGGGGCGCAUCUCCGGCACCAGCCGCCAGGGCAUCUUCCCCGCCACCUACGUGCAGGUGCUCAAGGAGCCGCGGGUCAAAUCCAGCUCCGAGGACGUCCCACCCUGUGCCAGCGCCACCCCCCGGCCCCCCGCUGCCUCCCCGGCCCCAAACCCCUCCCUGGCCCCCCGCAGCCCCCCGCACCCCGCAGCCCCCCCCCAGCAGCCGUGGCUCCCAGCCGGUGCCCCCCAGCAGCGCGCGGCCCCCGAGCCCGCCCCGUCCUACAACGGCUCCACCAUCCAAUGGACACCGUACCGCGCGCUCUACCAGUACCGGCCGCAGAACGCGGACGAGCUGGAGCUGCUGGAGGGGGACCGCGUGGACGUGAUGCAGCAGUGCGAUGACGGCUGGUUCGUGGGCGUGUCCCGGAGGACGCAGAAGUUCGGCACCUUCCCUGGGAACUACGUGGCCCCGCUGUGACCCGGGAGGAGGAUUCCGGCCCCGCCGCGUCCCCUCCGUGUCCCCCCCAUGGGGGCAAAAGCGCCUCCAGCUCCCGCCUGCCCCUAUGGGGCUGCUCUAACAGGGACCC